UUUGACACUGCAAAAAUAAUCAAAUUGCCAAUUUUUUUUUGGCAAUUGACCCAACUUCCCAUUAACACUUUCAAUUUCCCUCUCUUUCUUCACUCUCUCUCUUCCCAAAACCCAAAAACCCUUCCUCUCUCUAUUCACUGACACUCUCACUGUACUACUUCUAGUCUUCCUCCAAAAUCUUUUCAACUGCUCCCCAGAUGCUCGCUUUCUCUGAGUUCUGAAAUUCCCAAAUUGAAAAUUUACGAGGGAAAAAAAAGUAGUUUGAGGAGCCUGUGAUCGAAGAUGGCGCCGGGAAAAGUUAAGGCGGCUUUUAAAGCGAUGAAAGAUAUUGGAAUCCCAGAAGAAAAAACAAAACCUGCCCUGAAGAAGCUGCUAAAAUUGUUUGAUAAGAAUUGGGAUCUGAUUGAAGAAGAAAAUUAUAGAGUCCUUGCAGAUACUAUCUUCGAAUAUGAGGAUUCAGAGGCUGCAGAGAAAGAAAAAAAGAAGAUACCAGGAAAUGUUGAUCAAGGGGAGGCUUUUGAGGAAGCAGCUCCAGUGCAGGAUGAGGUGCAGGAUGAGCCCGAGAGGCCAUUGAAAAGGCUGCGCUUAAAACACCAAGGCCAAGCUGCACCUUCUAAUGGCCAACAUAGCCCCCCGUCUGCUUGUGCAUUGAAGACGCCUAAACUGGAGCCUGGCGAGUCAGAAAUUUCUCCCGGUCAGCGGACCCAACCUUUGACAGGAUCUCCUCAACCUGUUGUGUUUACGCGAAACAAGGGGAAACAACCUGUUUCGCCUCAAGUUAGUCAGAGAGAUAAAAGAACUGCACCUGAACGGGCAUCUCAAGCACUCCAGAUCAAAGAGCCAAGGGCUGAACCAGUCGUUAAUCCCAGGCAAAAACAGCCUAGUACAAUUUUAUUAAAACCCAAAGAUGAGCCAUUUACUGAGGACAUGAUAACACCUGCACCGCUUGCUGUAUUGCCUCCAGGCAGCACGCACAAGGAGGUUCCUUCAAAGUCUACUAAUCCAUCUGGGAGCCAGGCAGAAUCUACGCGUCCAGAAGUUCCUUCUAAUUCUGGUAAAUCAGUCUGCAGCCAAGAUGGUCAAGAAUCCUGGGCCUCUAAAUCUGUGGGCAUUAUUGAUAAAAGUUUGGGAACAUUGGCUUCACCAAAUGCUGAGAACCAUAUUCAGGAAGCUGAAGAUUCUCAGAAAACUUCAGCUAACAUAGACAUUGCAGCCUCAUCUCUUGGAGAGGUGAGGUUAUCUCUGAGCUGCAACCCUGGUCCAGAAGGGAAUGAUUUCUAUUUUCUGGAUUUACAAGUUGUCUUGAAAAAAGUUAAUGAUAAUUGUCUUACAAAGUACAAAAUCAUGGAUCCUGAAUUUUCUGUUAUAAAAGUUAUGGAGGAGUUUUGUGAAUGUGCUGGGAACCUGGGCACAAAAGCUAAUGCUGUGAAUCAAGAAGGGUCUAGUCAACAGGAUGCUGGGGUCAUUGACAGCAAUGGAACUGUGGCUGCCAUAAAUGCAGAAUCGUCUGAUAAUGUGGCUGCCACAACUGACAUGGCAGAACCUGAAGCUUCAAAUCCAACAUCAGCUACCAAUUGUGAAGCUACUGAUGAUCAUUGUGCUGAAAAGGAUUCUAAUAGCUUGGUGGUUGUUCAGCAGCAGCAGCUCAUCCCCUCCUCUCUUGAAAUUCUUGAUGUCACAAGUGACAUCUCAAGAGGCGUAGAAGCAAUUAAAGUUUCAGUAGAAAAGUCAAAUUGUGAUUCUUUACCAUUGUUUCACUAUAUUCCCCAAAAUGUCAUCUCACACAAUGCUGAUCUGAUUUUCUCUCUUGCUCAAAUUGGUGAUCAAGAUUGUUGCCAUUCGUGUGUUGGUGACUGCUUGGCAUUGUCCUCAUCAUGCAACUGUGCUCGACGUAAUGGCGGGGAGUCCUCUUACAAUUCAGACGGUCUUGUGAGGGAAGAGUUUUUGGACAAGUGUAUUUCAAUGGUUAAGAACCCUCAAAAAGACUACCUUGUUUAUUGUAAAGAGUGUCCCCUUGAACGAUUGAAGAAUGAGGAUAUGCUUGAUCCAUGCAAAGGCCACUUGAGACGGACGUUCAUUAAAGAAUGCUGGGCUAAGUGUGGCUGCAACAAGCACUGUGGAAAUAAAGUUAUACAACAUGGCAUAAGCCAUAACUUGCAGGUGUUCUGGACUGCAGAAGGGAAAGGUUGGGGUUUGAGGACACUGGAAGAUCUGCCAAAAGGGACUUUUGUUUGUGAAUACGUUGGAGAAAUUUUAACUAGUACAGAGCUCCAUAAGAGGAAUAUGAGAAGAAGCAAUGACAAGCAUUCAUAUGCAGUGCUACUUGAUACAGAAUGGGGUACAAGAGCUUUAAAAGAAUCAGAAAUUCUCUGUUUGGAUGCCUCGGUGUAUGGAAAUGUGGCAAGGUUUAUUAACCAUAGGUGUUCGGAUGCAAACUUGAUUGAAAUCCCUGUUGAAGUGGAGACUCCCAAUCACCACUACUAUCAUGUUGCAUUGUUUACAACAAGAGCAGUUAAUGCUUUCGAAGAAUUGACAUGGGAUUAUGGUGUUGAUUUUGAUGAUGGUGAACAUCAUAUCAAAGCAUUCCGGUGUCUUUGUGGCAGCAAUUUUUGUCGCAACAUGAAACGAUCCAGCAGAUCUAGGUCUACCUUAACUUUACAAUAAAAGCUUGUUGAAAAGCUGAGGAUUGAGCUUGUUAGCUUUUGACAUCAUCUGUUGCUGAUAUAUGAUCAAUUGACUCUAAUUUUGCUGUUUUGCAACUGACUGACCUAGUGGUUAGACUGUAAUAUUUAGGACAAGUGAGUAUGCAAUGCAAAGCAGCGUUGUCUUUAUGUACAGUGAUCAAUGGGCAUGCAUGCCCAUAGCAUUUUGGAUUGACUAGUAAAUGCAUUGCUAAGUAGUCGCAGAAUAAUCUGUUAGGUUUGCUUAGACAUGAAAGUCUAGAAAAAAUGUGCAGCUAUCUUUUAUUUUGGCCUAAGCUAAUAGCUUCUGGUAGAAACUGUAUAUUAGUCCAUGAAAAUUGGUCAUUAGGAUGUUGGGAUUGUUGUUUUUUCAGUGUUAAAUUAAUCCUGUUCAGAUUCUACUUUCA